GACCGGGACCGGGACCGGAACAUGCGGGUGCGCGUACGGAGUUGGCACGGAGUAGCGUCCUGGCUGUGGGUGGCGAACGAUGAGAACUGCGGCAUCUGCCGGAUGGCCUUCAACGGCUGCUGCCCCGAUUGUAAGGUUCCCGGUGACGACUGCCCGUUGGUGUGGGGGCAGUGCUCGCACUGCUUCCACAUGCACUGCAUCCUCAAGUGGCUGAACUCGCAGCAGGUGCAGCAGCACUGUCCCAUGUGCCGCCAGGAGUGGAAGUUCCGGGAGUGACGGCGGCUCCGGGCACGGGGACGCGCCGUGGCCGUUCCCGGCCACCCCGGGCCCGAUCAAUAAACGUGCAGACGCCAGUCGCGUGUUCGUGUCUGUGUCCGGUGUCCCGCGCUCGGGGUCGCU